AUGAAUCUUGAACUUUUGAAUCCCUUUGAACAAGAUUAUCCUGAAAAUAUAGAACACACUACUGUCGACUUAUAUGCUCAAAACACAAAUGCGACAUGCAUUAGUUUCAAUAGACGAGGUACCUUAUUAGCAGCUGGUUGUCAAGACGGUCAAGUCUUUGUCUGGGACUUUGAUACUAAGGGAGUUGCAAGAAUUCUCAAAGGACAUGUUAGUAAAGUAACUAGUGUAAGUUGGUCGCGUAAUGGACGAUAUCUUUUAACGUCAGGUGAAGAUUUCAAGUGUAUACACUGGGACUUGAUAUCUGGGACUAUUGCCCGAACAAUCCCAUUUGAUACAGGGGUUGCUAUGGCGCAAAUGCAUCCCAAGAAAAAUGAUGUCUUUGUAGCAGCGUUAAAAGUAGAGGCUCCCGUCCUGGUGGAUAUCUCAGGUGAAGAUGCUCAAAUUCUAGAGUUACCAGCGGAUUCUGAAUCUUCCGGUGAUCUUUAUAAUAACGGAAAUGAAAAAGACUCAAAGCCAAUCUCUACGCUUGUAUGUCGCUUUGAUAUCAAAGGGGAACGUAUAUUUACGGGCAGUAGUAAAGGUGCUAUUCAUAUCAUUGAUGCUAAUACCCGAAAAUUGCUAUAUAUGGAGAGAAUUAGUGGAAGUUAUGCAAUAAAAAAUUUGGUAUUAAGUCGUGAUGGCAGAGAUUUUAUAAUCAAUGCUAGUGAUAGAUCAAUUCGUGUAUACAGCCUGGAUGAUGAAGAUCAUGUUUUCAUAUUACGUCACACCUUCACCGACGUAAUUAAUAAAGUUCAAUGGAAUCAAUGUUGCUUUAAUCGAGAUGGUGAAUAUGUUAUAGGAGGCUCUGCUCAUAAAAUGGGUCAUAACAUUUAUAUAUGGGACAAGGAACGGGGAAAUCUGGUAAAGAUGCUAGAGGGACCAAAGGAGCAACUUAAUGAUUUAGCAUGGCACCCGGUGCAUCCCAUUAUUGCAUCAGCAGCGGCAUAUGGAAGUAUUUAUAUCUGGGCAACAGAACAUCAGGAGAAUUGGAGUGCAUUUGCGCCACAUUUCAAAGAAUUAGAUGAAAACGUAGAGUAUGAAGAACGGGAAGACGAAUUUGACAUCGUCGAGUCCACUGAUUCUUUAGUGAGAGAGCGUGAAGAGGAAGAAGAUGAGAUAAUUGAUAUCACUACAAUAGAAAAGCCAAAAUUCCUACAAUCAGAUCCAGAAGAGGAUGAAGAAAUAUAUUAUCUUCCAACUCAUCCUGAUGAAUUUUGUUCAUUUGAUGAAGAUGAGAGUUAUGAACCUCCAAAACGCAGUGCACGUAGUAAUAACACAAAAAAUAAAAAUAUAGUGAAAACUACUACAAAGAAAACCGAAAAAGCUACUAACACGAAAACUGUGCACAAUAGAAGCAGCUCUGAUGAUUAUACGCACAAAGGAAAGAAAAGGAAACUUAAAGGUUCUAGUAACGUUCUGAAAUAA